UCCUCCAGCAGCCUAGAGCGGCCUCGGAAGUGCCCCCCGCGGCGCGGGUCUUUCCGGCCCGGCAGUCCGCGCUUUUGUCCCGCCGGCGGCCGGGCUCCCGCGGCGCCGUCACAGCCAUGUCACAUUUGAAGAUGAGCAUGGAGGAUGCGGAAUCAGCUGAAAAGAAUGAAAGUGAUUCAAAUGCAGAGUCUCAGUGCGCAAAUGUGGAGAUUCUUCACAAGGCUCAUAUGCAGAAAUUUCAGAUCCGUGACACUUGUGAUUGGGUAGAGAAGCAAUUGGAAAGGCCUGAAUGGAAAAUAAUGAAGGAAAACAAAAGUAGCAUCAGAGAAAAGGUUGACAAAUCUAAGAACACAGAAAAUAUAAAAAUAGAACAGGAUGAUGAGGCAUCUGAAAAAAGUCUGUACCCAAGUGCAAAUACCAUAUACCAGAUUAUUCCUUUUGAACCAAAAAUUAGUGAACAGGGUGAGCACGUGGAGAACAUUAAUGGAAACGUGCACCCUAUUCCACAGCAGAAUUCUACUGCUGUUAAGAAAUCACAUAAGUGUGAUGAAUGUGGAAAAUCCUUUAAAUACAAUUCUCGCCUUGUUCAACAUAAAAUUAUGCACACUGGAGAAAAGCGCUAUGAGUGUGACGACUGCAGGGGAACUUUUCGUAGCAGCUCCAGCCUUCGAGUCCAUAAGCGCAUCCAUACUGGGGAGAAGCCCUAUAAGUGUGAUGAGUGUGGGAAAGCCUACAUGUCCUACUCUAGCCUUAUAAACCACAAGAGCACCCACUCUGGGGAGAAGAACUGUAAGUGUGAUGAGUGUGGGAAGUCCUUCAACUACAGUUCCGUUCUGGACCAGCACAAAAGGAUCCACACUGGAGAGAAGCCCUAUGAGUGUGGGGAGUGUGGAAAGGCCUUCAGGAACAGUUCUGGUCUGAGAGUCCACAAAAGGAUCCACACGGGGGAGAAGCCCUAUGAAUGUGACAUCUGUGGGAAAACCUUCAGUAAUAGCUCUGGCCUGAGGGUCCACAAAAGGAUCCAUACAGGGGAGAAGCCCUAUGAAUGUGAUGAGUGUGGGAAAGCCUUCAUUACUUGCAGAACACUUCUAAAUCAUAAAAGCAUCCACUUUGGGGAUAAACCUUAUAAAUGUGAUGAGUGUGAAAAAUCUUUUAAUUAUAGCUCUCUCCUCAUUCAGCAUAAAGUUAUCCACACUGGUGAGAAACCUUACGAAUGUGAUGAGUGUGGGAAGGCCUUCCGGAACAGCUCAGGCCUUAUAGUGCAUAAAAGAAUCCACACAGGAGAGAAACCUUACAAGUGUGACAUCUGUGGCAAAGCGUUCAGCUAUAGCUCAGGCCUUGCAGUCCAUAAAAGCAUUCAUCCUGGAAAGAAAGCCCAUGAGUGUAAGGAGUGUGGCAAGUCCUUCAGUUAUAACUCACUUCUCCUUCAGCAUAAAACCAUUCAUACCGGAGAGAGACCUUAUGUAUGUGAUGUGUGUGGCAAAACAUUCAGGAACAAUUCAGGCCUCAAAGUCCACCGGAGGCUCCAUACUGGGGAAAAACCAUACAAGUGUGAUGUGUGCGGGAAGGCUUAUAUCUCACGCUCAAGCCUUAAAAAUCACAAAGGAAUCCACAUGGGGGAGAAGCCCUAUAAAUGUAGCUAUUGUGAGAAAUCUUUCAACUACAGCUCUGCCCUUGAACAGCAUAAAAGGAUUCAUACAAGGGAGAAACCCUUUGGGUGUGAUGAGUGUGGAAAAGCCUUCAGAAACAAUUCAGGCCUUAAAGUACAUAAACGAAUUCACACAGGGGAGAGACCUUAUAAAUGUGAAGAAUGUGGGAAAGCCUAUAUCUCACUCUCAAGCCUUAUAAAUCAUAAAAGUGUACACCCUGGGGAAAAGCCCUUUAAAUGUGAUGAGUGUGAGAAAGCCUUCGUCACAUACCGAACCCUUUUAAACCACAAAAAGAUUCAUCUUGGAGAAAAGCCCUACAAAUGCGAUGUGUGUGAGAAGUCUUUUAACUACACCUCACUCCUUUCUCAGCACAAACGGGUUCAUACUAGAGAGAAACCCUUUGAAUGUGACAGGUGUGAGAAGGUCUUCAGAAACAACUCAAGCCUUAAAGUUCAUAAAAGAAUACACACUGGGGAGAAGCCCUAUGAGUGUGAUGUGUGUGGAAAAGCCUACAUUUCACACUCAAGCCUUAUUAACCAUAAAAGUACGCACCCUGGCAAGACACCCUUUACAUGCGAUGAAUGCGGAAAAGCAUUUUUCUCCAGCAGAACUCUUAUAAGCCAUAAGAGAGUUCAUCUUGGGGAAAAACCGUUCAAGUGUGUUGAAUGUGGGAAAUCAUUUAGCUACAGCUCACUUCUUUCCCAACACAAGAGGAUCCACACAGGGGAAAAACCUUAUGUAUGCGAUUGGUGUGGGAAGGCAUUCAGGAACAGCUCAGGCCUCACAGUGCAUAAAAGGAUCCAUACAGGUGAAAAGCCCUAUGGAUGUGAUGAAUGUGGAAAGGCGUACAUUUCACACUCAAGUCUUAUCAAUCAUAAAAGUGUCCACCGUGGAAAGCAGCCCUAUAAUUGUGAGUGUGGGAAAUCUUUCAAUUACAGAUCUGUCCUUGACCAACACAAAAGGAUCCACACUGGAAAGAAGCCAUACCGAUGUAAUGAUUGUGGGAAGGCAUUUAAUAUCAGAUCAAAUCUUACUAAACAUAAAAGAAUCCAUGCCGGAGAAGAAUCUUUAACUAUGUCACAUAUGGAAAGUCAUCGUGGCACAUUCCAGAAGAUAAUCUACUAUGAGGGAGGUAGUGCUCUGGAAGGGACCAGGAUGCGGAUGCCUAUGCCUAUAUGGGAGGCACAGCCUACCAAGUCUCAAAGAAAUCAAAUAGAAGAAAAACUUUAUGGAUGUAAGAAUUUCUGAAAUUCUUACUUAUAAUUUUUAUAGUGUAAGUGAAAAAAUUAUGAUGAGCAAUUCUACAUGAUUCAGUUAUAGCAAGGACAGUUCUAGUGUCAAAAAUAGUUGAGCCCUUUAGGAAUAUAAAAUACCACUAGAUAUAAAACCUUUCAAAAUGAUGGAACAUUUAAUAAAAGUCCUCCCAAGUAGGCAUACAUUUCUGGACAUAAACAUGAAGGCAAAGGACUUCAGUUAGAAAUCAUAUUCACUAUUAUAAAGAUGCUAUUUGGAUAAAUGAGUGAAUAAGAAUGUGGAAAGUCUGACAUAAUUUUGAACUUUAUACUUUGAUCAGUGGGGGAAAAAAUCCAAGGGCCACUAACAGGCAAAUUCAGGGAGAGACUAGCUUCAGGGAAUAUCAGUUUAUUAGUGGUCAUGAAUUAGAGACUUAAUAAUGGUUUGUGAUAGGGAAAGGACAACUUUUAAAACAAGAUGUUCUAGGAAAAGGAAUGGCAUAGUCAAAUCUGUGAUAUAGUCAUAUUAAAAUGCAGAAUUGUUAGAAUAUACUAUUAUAUUAGACUGAUAAGACUUUUAGAGUUUCAAGUGAGCUCCCUUAAUAAGUAAUAUAUAUGAUAAAUGAAAACCUGGAAGGUGGCAUUCACACAUACUAAGAAUGGAAAGGAUUUCAGUAUCUUCAGUAAGUAAGGAAACGGAACACAUCUUCAACGUGAAUUUGCACCUUACAGAAAAACUUCAGGGAAUCCUAUGAAAAAGAUAUUUCAAAGAAAGGCAUUUUAUUACAAGAGCAAAGUAAGUAUCAGUAAUUAGGAAGAGGAAAUUCAUGUUUUUCAAUAUUGUUUGUUUCAAAAGUGUAAAGAGUUCGUGUACUACUUGUGUAUAUUGUCUGUUGUAAAAUAUGAAUAUGUUCAGAACUCACUUUGCCAUAAAAGGCAGAUAGUUAUGGUAAGGUAAGACAAAACCCCAAUAAAGAAAUGCCUCAAGUAUAAAGACUGUGAAUUAGAUGGACUAAUAUAGAAAGCCAUUUGUGUGUCGUAGCUUUCCUUGUAUUUGUACAGGACCUAAGCCAGAAAGGCUUCUGUCUUACCUGUGAAGACUCAUCCACCGAGCUAAUAUCUGAGGUUUCACCAGAAGUUAGAUCGUGCUUAUCUCAGGAAAAACAUGGUAUUUGAAGAAAGCAUGAAUAAGCAAUCUGAUCCUGAUAUUGAGGCUGGUUUGUAACUUAUUAUAGUAGGUAGACUCUAUGAGUGAUCUAACACUAUACAACUCAUCAUGAACAGAAUUUAAUACAAAACAUUAGUUAUUGUAGCAGUAUUAGGUAUCAGCAGUAAAAGUAGACUUUUCCUGAGUUGAGCUCCAGUCAUAGUAUUUGGACAAAUUAUUAAUACCAGGUGAAGUCUCAGUUUGUUCUCAGACUUCAGAAUCUACAGUCAUUACAAAAGACAGUCUCCAGCCAGAUCUAAAUUUCUCUAAGGAUUCUUUUCUCACAAAAUAAUCUCCAUAUCUCUCUCUGGGAGUACAACAGAGUACUUUGUCUCUGCCUCAAAAUCACCACCAGUGGAUUUUGAAGAUAGGGUGAAGAAAGGGAAAAUACAUUGUUACCACUUGGUGCUUCAGUAUAAUGCCCAUAUUUGCAUUGUUUUCUGCAUGAGAGACUGGUGAAUGUGACCGUAUCUUCAGAUUCAGUUUAC